ACAGCCAGGCCAGAGCCAAAGGCCUCCAAACAGCUCCGGCGCAAGCGUGGAUGGCUUGGCGAAGGGUCCCUCAAGAACGUCGGGGAAACGAGGCGCAGUCGGCGGGGGCGACAACGCGCGAAGGAAGCAGCGGCAGAUUUCCCCCCCUCCGCCUAUGGCCGCCAGUUCUCGGCCGAGGGCGGAGUCUCCCCGGGUGAAAUUGCUCCGGGUGCCGCCGCCGCUACGUUGUAUCUUCCGCGACUUUGAGGGAAGGAAGGCGGGGAGUCCUCUGCCCGCGGGAGGAGGCAGCUGGUGACGGCGUCCCCGUUGCAAAGCCACCGCCGAGGCCGCGUCCCUUCCGCCUUUUCCUCCCGCGGAGAAGCGGAGGCGGCUUUGCAGAGGCCGCGGCUCCCCCGCUGAGUUACCGAGCGGCCUCGGCGAAGCUUGCGGAGGGCUCCCCUUCGGCUCCGGCUCGCCCCUGCUCCGCCUCCACCAUGUCUGUAGCUGGGGAUGGCGGGGCGGGGACUCCCAAGGCGCUGCCUUCGUCCGGACCCAAAUCCCUGCAGGACAUCCCGCACCCGCUGGCCGCCUCCAGCAGCGAGGAGCUCAGCGUGGAACUGACGCCCAGCCCGGAUUUGCAACUGCCCCGCAGCAUCGCCGACAAGGAUCUCAGUUUGCCCAAUGGUACUCCUGCAGAUACUUCUAGUCCCGCCUCUUCCUCCUCGCUUCUCAAUAGACUACAACUGGAUGAUGACUUGGAUGGGGAAAUGAGGGACCUCUUUGUCACCGUUGAUGAUCCCAAAAAGCAUAUCUGUACGAUGGAGACUUACAUCACUUACCGAGUCACAACUAAGACCACUCGAGCUGAGUUUGACUUGCCAGAGUAUUCAAUGCGCCGAAGAUACCAGGAUUUUGAUUGGCUUAGGAAUAAACUGGAGGAAUCUCAGCCAACUCAUCUCAUUCCUCCUCUUCCAGAAAAAUUUGUAGUUAAAGGUGUGGUUGACCGUUUUUCAGAAGAAUUUGUUGAGACAAGGAGAAAGGCCUUGGAUAAAUUCUUAAAAAGGAUUGCGGAUCAUCCAGUACUUUCUUUCAAUGAACAUUUUCAUGUAUUCCUUACAGCCAAAGAUCUUAAUGCUUACAAAAAACAAGGAAUUGCUUUGCUUACCAAGAUGGGAGAAUCGGUAAAAUAUGUCACAGGAAGCUAUAAAUUAAGAAGUCGACCGUUGGAGUUUGCUGCCCUGGGUGAAUAUCUAGAUACAUUUUCUCUGAAGCUAGGAACUAUUGAUAGAAUAGCACAGCGGAUAAUCAAAGAGGAAGUGGAAUAUUUAGUGGAACUACGAGAAUAUGGUCCCGUUUAUUCAACCUGGAGUGCACUAGAGACAGAGGUGUCUGAACCUCUUGAAGGAGUAUCAGCCUGCAUUGGAAACUGUUGCACAGCCCUUGAGGAAUUGAGCGAAGACAUGACUGAAGACUUCCUGCCUGUUUUACGAGAAUAUAUCCUGUAUUCAGAUUCCAUGAAGAAUGUCUUGAAGAAAAGAGAUCAAGUUCAAGCAGAAUAUGAAGCCAAACUAGAAGCCGUGGCCCUCAAGAGAGAACCUAGACCAGGGAUGCCCACAGAUGUUGAAAAGUGUCAAGACCGGGUAGAGUGUUUCAAUGCUGACCUGAAGGCUGACAUGGACAGAUGGCAGAACAACAAGCGGCAAGAUUUUAGGCAGCUGCUGAUGGGAAUGGCAGAUAAAAACAUCCAAUAUUACGAGAAGUGCCUUACAGCGUGGGAGUCUAUUAUACCACUGUUGCAAGAAAAGACUGAGACCAAAUAAGCAGUAGCUUUUUUCUGAAUUUCUUCCCUGCACCACGGACAUUCACCAAAUGCCCAGAAUCAUUACCACUAAUUAUACUGAAGAUUUACUAUACACCUUGAUGUAGGAUUUUUUCCCCUCUCUUGGAGGAACACCAGGUGUGCUAUUUCUGAACUGUACAUUUUUUGCCACUUUUUAACCAAGCCACCUUGAACAUUCUUACUUUGGAUGAUGGAAGUUAAAACAAGAGCACUUUUUUUUCUCUUGGACCACUUUAUAUUAAAUGAAAUUGAUGAAUGAAACACUAAAAUCAUAAUAAAAAUAAAGACUCUUAAAUGCAAGGUGCCAACUUGCCCUUCCUUUUGUGUUAUUGAUCGUGAAACAAGCAUCUUCAAGCCAUCCUGAUUUUGCUUCCCUUCACAUAUAGAAAGGGAAUAUUAUUGAUGUAAGAUACCUGUUGGAUUCUGUAGCAUCUCUUUAAUGUGAGCUUUUUGUGCAGAAUGGGAAAUAUUUAAUUUAAUGUAGAAACAAGAGUUGCUAUGGUCUCCAUAUAAUAUAUUGGAAAUGUAUAGAAUAUUUGUAAAGUAAUGUUUCUAAUCUAACCUAUGGAUAUGGUGCAUACUCUGACUUCAACUUUGGGAUGGUAGAGGAAAGAACCUUAUGAUUCUGAAAGUUUGUAUCCAGUAUUGUUUACAGUUUUUUUCCUUAAAAAAAUGGAAAGCCAGGUAAUUGCUUGAUUUCUCAAAAUGUUUGGUUUGUGUGUGUGAUAAGCUACUCUCUAUGUCAUGUCUUAGCUCAUGCCAAACUUCUCAUUGUCACCUUGUUUUUUGUUUUUUUACUGUGGGAAUCUUCUUCAAGAUAAAUUAGUAUGAAGUAUUUAAGCAAGCAAAUAUCUCUAGGUGGUUUUUUUACUGAAAUAAUUCUGAAUUCUGAAAUAAAUUCUUGACACAUUUAAGGAAUCUGGAGGGAAAGUACCACUUUUCCCUACUAAAUGGAUCAGCUCAGGAUUUCAAGCACUUCUGAUUCUGCCUUUGUUCUUGUGUUUCUUUUUAGUUCAAUAGGUAUUAAUUUUGUGGAAUUCUGUAUUUAUUGUAUUCAUAUUCAUCCUUGAAAGGGAGUUGUACAACCAAAAUGGAGCCUUGAUCUAAGGUUUCUUGCUUCAUUUAUAUUUUAGGAAUUCCUUGGAUUUUUUUUAUACAAUGGUCAUAAAAAACCCCAGAAGUGUAAGAUUUGAGAGUAGUGAUUUGUUCAAUAGCAAAAAAGAAAAAAGAAAAAAAGAAUUAAAUCUGAAUUUAUUUCUGUAUGACAUUUUGUGAACUAGAGCUAACAUCAUUAAAUGUAUGAGAUAACGUGGACUAUAAGCUCUGAAAACUUUCUGCCUUCCUCAGUGUAUUGUCUUCCAGACCGGUUAGGCUACAAUUCCUGUCCUCAAACAAUUUUGGCUGCCAUGGUUGGGCUGAUAAACGUUAAAAGCUCUGCAUAGUACGUAAUCCAUCAUGUUAAUGAAAAGUAGCUUAAAUAAUGCUUUAAAAAACUUUGAAACACUUGAUGGUUGGCUGCUCAACAGACUUACAUAGUUUUGUCAGCAUUGCUCUAUAACAGCUAUAACACUGUUUAGCUAGCAAUUUGCUAUUUUUAUUAUUACCUACGAUCAUCGAGUGUUCAAACUAUUAGAAUGCCAGCACGUAGAAUGCACAAAAAACAUCCUUAAAAGCUUCAGUUACAUUUUUCUCAGUUUCAAUAGUUUGGGCACCAGUCCCCUAAAUCUCUUAUUAACUUGAAGGAAAAUUGAAAAUCUGUGUUAGGAUAAUUUCUGGAAAUGAACUUCUGAAAUCAUGGCCCCCAUAGCAAUCCUCAGUUUUUAGAACCUGUGACGCUUGAGUCUAAAUUAAUUAAAAUCAAUAACUUUAAGCUAUGUUUUUAUAUCAAUUCAGGCGCAUUUCUGGUAGUGGAUCUCACAUGUGAUACUUGCUUAGGGGAAGAAUUUUCACUUGCUCUAAGUUUAGAUGUUUAGAUAUACAUAAUUAUAUGAUCAAACAGUAACCACAAAAAGUGAGGGAAACAAUAGUUUGUAGUUCAGAUAAUAGAUGUUGCCAUAAAAGCCUUGCUUGUUUAUUAAAAAAAGUGGGGGGAAAGAAAAAGAAUUAUCUGUUCCAACACCCAUAAAAGCACCAUAGAGAAGAGGUACAGUUGUUCCUAUGUAUCUGAAUAGUACAAUUUAAUUGUAUUAGAAAACUCUCUCCCAUUCAUUUUCAGAGCUGGGAAAAAGUCAUUCUUCUCCCUGCAGUGUUUUCUUUUUCUUAAUUCUUAUUAGAGUUAGAAUUUAGCAGCUCCUCUUAUUCCAGCUGCUGGUAUUUCUAAAUUCCCUAAGCAGACUUAUUACUUCAUUUUGCUCUAAUAAGAAUAGAUAAACUAUAUUCUUUCUGCCCUGAUCUGCUUGUUCAUUUGGUUGAAUACAGUAGAAGCCAACUUGGGGACUAAAUGGACCAAACAAAAAUAAGGCAAAUAUUCCUGCUUAUUCCACUUUGUCCCAGCCCAUUACUCAUAAAUGUAUCACAAUUGCCAGCCCUGUAUUUAUUAUCUUAAUAAACCAAACUGAAUCCUGUUGUCAAUGUUUGACCACUGGGGGGAGAAGUAGCGCACAUUUUUCAGUAGCUAUACAUUUCAAUUUUUUAUUUUAAAUGUUAACUCACACAAUUCUAAGUGUUUAUUAUAAUUGUUAAUUAUAACUGUUUGGCUUGAGAAAUGGCCUUUUUCUUCGGAAAUCUUACUUGUUUUUUCUAACCCAGGCUACGGCUGCUUCUGUGUUUCUUACGUGCAUGGUUGUAGAUCAAGCUGAUAUUUUUUUGAAAGAAAUACUAGCUAAUUAAAACUUAGCAGUAGAUUUGUUACUACUGAGGGAUUACUACCUUACCCCAUAACAGAUGAUGGAACAUAUUUAUUGCUGUGGCGUUAAGCAAGCCUUCUGUUUUUGUGCCAGCUUGCUAACUCUAUAAUAAUUUAGAGAAAUGACCAAUAUAUUACUAAGAAAAAAAAACAAUGUGAAUUACUUUCUAAAAAGAUAAUGAUAGUAAUGUCAUACAAAGUUGUUCUUGUAAACUAUGUAAUUCUUUAUGUCUGCAUAACUCCAAUGGCCUGUUUUUUUUUUAAGCUGCAUGUAACACCUGAGGCUGGCUUGCACUGGGACAGAACUGCAUACCUGGUUAUUAAACAAGGCUCUGUCUCAGUAGACAAUCUCUCCAACACAUUCAAGAGUUGCUAUCUCCUGGCUUCCAUAACCAGCCCAUGAGAACUUUUGAAAUAAAUCCUUGUCUAUUUAACCAGUGCCAGAUUUAGACUUGGUGAGCUAUAUAGAACAAAGCCCUUUGCUAAAACAUUACACCUGAAUCUGAAUGUCUCACAAAAGUGUGUACCAAAAUAAGACACUGGAUUACCAAACAAAAAAAAUGUAUACACACACAAACAAUUUUUUGUGUGUGGUAAUCCAAAAUAUGUAUGUAUAAUUUUCAGCGAGGUAUUUAAAGUGAAAAUAUGAAUCAUUUUCAAAUGUUUUUAUUGAUUACAUAUUAAUCAUUUGGCUGGCUUGAUCUCAUAGAUGACAAUAUAAUAUGCCUUGGAAAUAAUACUUAAAUGUAAUUUUUAAAAUAUUGUUAAGGCGUAUUUCAUACACAUAAUGCUGACAAAAUAAUCAGGAUCAUUUUUAGUAAGUAAUAAUACACAUAUUUGUAAAAUCAGAAAACUGACAUCAGAUACAAUUUAAAACAUUUUCUUUCUUGAUUUCUCAAAAGCAAAAUAAUUCUGGAAUUUUAUGAGGCCCUAAACUGUAGCUUGUUUAGCUUUUGCCUAUAUCUAGCCCUGUGUUUAAUUAAACACACAGAUAAUUUCCAACAUUGUGAAAAGAAAUGACCCUUUAGGAUUUGAUUUCUUUGGGGCUUAUGUAAAAUGUAGCAGGAAGUUUGAUAUGUGCUUUUGAUUCAUGAGACUUUAAUGCUAGGUUUCUCUUCACUCAUGUUCCCCAAAUUGUUAAUAUGCUUAUAUUUUGCUAUUGUCAAAGAGUUGAUUUGACAAACCUCUUAUUCAGGGGUGAUUUCUUUUCACAAAAUAAAAAUCUUUCAAAAGACGGUAUAUAAAUAGCACUUCGCCCAAUAUUUGAGCAAACGAAACAGGAGUGAUUUUUCUCUCUGAAUCUUAUGCUAAAACGUAUGGACAUACAUAGGUAUGGACAUUUUUCUUUGCAUUUUACAAUCAGCAUUAAUAAGAGGUCAUCUCUAUCUGGUUUGAACUCUGUUUGGAAAGCAAUCUUACUUUAACUAUUUAGCAUUUACAGAUGUUCUAUUGUGUUGGCUUCUCAACUCUCAAUGCUUAUUCCAAAGAUGACUGACAGGUCAAUUGAAAUCCAUCUUUUGGCAUUUUCACAUAGGUUUUUUUAACAUUCCAAACUUACAUUGGAACUUUAGAUUGUAAUGUAGUGAUGCAUUUCCUGAAUUGUACUACAAAUGGUGUUGCGUGUUGUGUACCUGAUAAUAGUGUGCAUCUUAAAAAGGGAAAAAGAAGCCCCUUUGAGUGUGAGCAUGUUCCUUUGCCACCCAAUGCUUGUUGCUUACAGCUUUUAACAGCAAUAUUAAAUGAUUUACUUAAGACCAUUGCUAGAAAUUGAAUUGCCCAUGUAGACCACAAAAACUGGGGCCAGGUUGAAUUUUUUUCCAGGAGCUUUAGGAAAGUUAUGGCUUUGUGGGGCAU